AUGGAGCUAGCGGCUGUACGAAGCAAUCCACUGCGUGGUCGGGGUGAUCUGGAGGCUCAGGUGAACGAAAGCUGCUUUUUCACGGAACAAUGCGAGCAGAUGACCGAGCAAACCGAAUGUCGCGAUGGACGCUGUAUUUGCCGCUUCGAGAUGAAUCCUAUUUUCAAGCCCGAUGGAUCCAUCGAGUGUCGAGCCACCAUGAACAAACCCAUCGAACCGGAAAAGUACAUCGAUCCGGCCAUGAUCGGCGUGCUGGUGGCCAUGGCUGUCAUGUUCAUCAUCAUCUGCGUGGUGCUGCGACUGUUUAGCAAGGCCCGCUGGCGCGACAACCGUACCAUCUUCAACACCCCGAACCCCCGGCUGAUGAACGUAUCGCUACUACGGGAGAACAAGCUGCUCCACGGCCAGGAACGCCGUGGUUCCCGAAUGUCCGUACGGAUGCCGUCGCGACAACCGAGCAUGGCCUCGCUACGUCCCCACUCACCGAACGCAUCGAUAGCAGGAUCUCGCCGAGGUUCACGUGGUAGCAGUAACGUUUCGGCGGCUUCCAUGCGCUCGAAUCGUAGCCAACAUGCUAAGGACAACGGAACGAACCACCACAAUGAAAGCGUCACCGUGGAGAUUUCCGAGAUUCGAUCCUAAGCGAUCUAUUACGACUGCAUCAACUUUGUCGCGACUCGUUAGGGACCAUUAUAAUACUAGAUUCCUAAUUAUCCUAGAACAGAUAUAGAGAAGAAGCAAGAAAAAGAGUUUCGAACCGCUAUUCUUACUGAUAGAUAACAUUCUACUACCAUUUUAACAGGCACCACAACCAAUCAAGUGAUCUUUAACGACGAAGUGAGAAAUUCUAAUCGUGAAAUCCUUACCACGUGGCUUACUAAGUAAAAAGACCGACAAAGAGAAACCUUUUUCCACGAAACUCGAAGGAACAACUGUCAGUAUAAAUAUAGACAGAAUACAAACGCUAUUUCUAGAGACAAACUAUCCUUGGCAUCUUCCGAAGUGUGUAGUCUAUGAAAUGAUAAAAGCAUACCGCAAUAAAUAAAGUGGUACUAGACCGUAGGAUGCGAAGAAUCAUCGUCAUAUCGUAGCAUCAAAUGAAUGAAUUGUAUUUGUCAAGUAAUCCAGUUUUGAGCCUAUCCAAGUAGUAGUAGGCCACAGUCAGUAUGGCAGUAGAACCUUAGUGAAGUACUAGAGUGGACUACGCGUCAGAAUUUAUUACAAAAAUUGUUAGAACAGUUUUGGUUUGUUUUUGUGUUUCUCGCCAUUGUAUCUUGAAAACCAUAAAAGAAGAGUAAAACAUAUAUUAGCUGUCAGAUCACCAGAGAGAGGUAGCACCAUUAGUGACAUUGAAAAAAAUUUAAAAUCAGUAGGGGCAAAUAUAUUUUCUUCAGCCAAUUCAUGUAGAAUCUAGUUUGUUUUGUUAUCUGAAACAAAACCAAAAAGAUUAGAUGCGCUGACAUAUUUUAUGCAGCGGUAAAUAUUGAUCCAUUUUAAAGCUUGAACAGAAAGAUAAAACACGCGCAAAUCGAAAUGACAAUCCAUCAUCGUGUGUAAACAAACAAAAAAAUAAAUGGACAUUCCAUAUUAAUAUUGAUCCGAAAAGAGAUGAAUUACGUAGGGUACGGUUUGAAAAAAAUACAACAAAAAAUAUUACAACUAGACAACAAUUAGUGCAAUUUUGAAGUAGUGUCCGUAGCAGAAGCUUCGAAUUACAUGAUAAAAACAACAACUGAACUAUAGAAUUACCGAACAGGAAUAGCAAGAUGGAAAGAUGGCAGCACCGCCGCAAUGCCGCACAUGGAAGGUCAGAAGAUGGAAAAAAAUGAUUUAAACUAAUACCAGAACCACAUUUUUACUUCUACUGAUAUAGCGUUUGAAUGGAAAGAUUCUAGGACAUAACAAAUUAUAUGAAAUUAUUUGUAUAAAAAAACAAAAGUAUAUUAAACAACAGAACAAUGACUGCUUUACACCUAGAGUCACAUAAAAGUGAACAUACAGCAUAAAACAUUUAGCACUAGUGCUUCAAGGUUCAAAUACUUCUAAUUAAGAACAAAUUUUGAUAAAUAUGAAAACCUAUACAUAAUAUUUAAGAUACAUUCAUUUGUCGCUGAUUUAAAUUGCGCUUUGGUUACCACUGAUUAAGCAAAAACAUUAUAAAAACGACUACUCUAUUGGCAAUGUGGAGCGCAUGUGAUAUUAUAAAAAUAAAUCUACCUAUAGUUCAGAUUGAAUUUCACACAAACAUCAAACUUCAUUCCGUAGCAAGCCGCGAUAUGAACAGACCAAACAAAACAAAACCGGAGCGCCAUCUCUGGAAUGUUUCUCCCAAAAUAGGGGAAGAUUUUGGAAGAAAUAUUUCGCACUUUGCUGUGUCCGUAUGCGCUUUGUUCGCUCGUGCUCGAUCAUUCACGAAACCCACGGAGUCAUAUGUAUUGCAAUAUUGCAGCCGUAGCGAGCUAAUCGAUCUCAGUGACGUAAACACAACUGUCCGUACGUUAUUGCAUCGAACUCCCCCAUACCCAGCUUCAGUUACCAAAUGCUUUUCCAAUUGUGUGUGUAUAUUAAUUCCAUUCUUUAGAAAUAAUCGACCAAAUAAUAACAGAACGAAAAUGCUUUAAUCGAUGGUGAAUAACUGAUUAAUAGAGAUAAAAUGUUGAUAAAAAAAAACAAAAGCUUUGACAGAAACUCUAACAAAACAGUAGAUGACUCAAUUGUAGCAGCAUCUUGUGAUUGUGAGAUCAACAUCUAAUUUCAUUAAAUAGAUUAAAUACCUUUCAUUUUCGCAGCGGCGAAACUCAUAAAAACUCUUAUUACCUUUUCAAUGUUAAACACCACCUCCCUUACCGAGUUAAAACCCUUAUCCUGUAUCAAUUUAAAUAAUAUUCGUUAUGAACAGAAUAAUUAACUUAGUAAAGAAAUGAAAAUAAAGACGCCACAACUCGAUUUGCCUAGCGAGCAAACAAAAUAGCUUCGUAGAAAUAAGCUCUCUUAUAUAAAUUGAAAAUAGUUUAGUUCUAAGGCACGAACCAAAAAAAAAACUGCAUCAAUCUGAGUUGAAAACGUUAAAAUUUUGAAAUUUGGGGAAGAAUUUCAAAAUUGGCACGUUUUGCUCCAAGCAAAAAUGAAGGUAAUUAGCGUGACUUGAGAUACAAUAGAAUAUUAGCGUGUGCAACAACACACUCGCACUGAAUAGUCGAGAAUUCACUCAUCCUUAGAUUGUUUCAAUAGCUCUCACGCAAACACUCUCACAAAAACACACCCACACACGUUAAAAUAGAAAUCAGAAGCCAUAGAUUAGGAUUACGACAAGCGACGAAUGUAAUAUGAAAUGCGCGAAAGCUUUUAUUUACUACAAAGAAUACUAGCUCCAAAUGCGCUAUCGAACUAUUUUCUAUGAUUAUUAAAAAACACGAAACCAAAAAAAAAUGAAUUUAAAAUCUUGAGACUAUUCUUGUUCUAUCUUCUAUUUAUAACAAAUGAAAAAAAAAGAUAAAAAAUACAAAAACAAUGCUACACAAAAAAUCAAGAUUUGUUCUCAAUGAACAAACAAAAUGAAGCAUCAAAAGAAACACACCUACACAGAUACACGCAGAUGAGCUGAACAUGGAAAUGUAAGCGAAAAACUUCUACUUUCAAAAUAUUGUAGAGGCAAAGAUCAUGUAGCAAAAAAACAACAACAUUAAAUCAAGAACCGACAUUAAUUCAAGUAUGAGUUGAACAAAAAAACAAUAUAUACUAGCUAAGAUGUAUCACUUUACAGAACUUAAAACUUUUAUUAAAAACAUAUUUACUUUACAUAAACUAACAAAACA